CUCAAAAUUGAAUUUUUGUUUUCGUCAAAUUGACAUCUUACGUGAUUAAUUAAUAAUAAUAAUAAUUAUUGUUAUUAAUAUAAUUAAAAGUGAAAAUGGGUAUUGACAAAAAUUUUAGUGAACUGAAUAAAAUAAAAAAUAAAAAAUCUUAUUGAGUUGUUUUGUAUUAUUUUUUGUGUUGGCGUUGGGUAGGGGAUGAGCAUGGUUGACAUUGUGGAGGAAGACAAAUCGGAGAAGGUCGAAAUCGUCCUCAAAACUAUCGGUCCAUCUCCACCCUCUCGCCUUCUCGUUCCCCCUUCCAUCAAGGUGCGUGAUUUGAGAAGAUUAAUUGCAAGUAAUGGUCAUUUACCUAUUGACAACUUGAGUCUUAUUCUGCGGGGAACUGCAUUAUGUGACAUAAAAAAUGGAGAUGAUGUGCGCAUACAACUCAAUCACGGAGAUUGCUUGAUUGUUGCUGUCAAACCAAAGCCACCGGUGAAGGAUGGGCAUGACAACGAGGAUGACGAUGAAGAUUUGAAGUUUCAGCUUCCCCACACAUCAAGUCGGUGGAAAAAGAAGCUAUACUCUUUUCUACAUGAUAACUUGAAGCUUCCAGAUAUCCUUUUGAUGGUAAUUUUCACUCUGAGCCUGAAGGCAUGGGUUCUCAUAAUUAUGUGGUUUGUCCUGGCCCCUGUUGCCCAUAGAUGGGAUCUCGGACCUUUGUAUAUACUUGCAACUGGCUUUUGUCUCAUCCUCUUCAAUCUUGGAAAGCGCAAAGCUGGUGACACCAGUGCGUACUCUAUCUUCAAUGAAGACUUUAGAGAGCUUCCGGGGACGCUCAAUGCAGAUCGGUUUGAUAGAGAUAUAAGAGCGGGACAGUUUUGAGCCUUGUCCUCCUCAUCAUCCAAACACUCAAAUUGUCUCACAUGAUGUAUAUUUGCCCAAUCACAAGGAGCUAUUGGAUGGCCAAAGAGUUCACAAGCAUAGUAACUUUUCAGCAAUGUUGUAUUGUAUUUGUAGCCCAGUCCGGUAAAAAAUGAAGUGACAAGUCUUCUGUUUAGUUUUUACCUUUCUUCUACUAUAUUUAUGCUUGAUCUGUGUGUAAAUUAUAUUAUUAUGAUGUAUUUAGACGAAAUGUGUUCCCCUGUGAAUAUCUUUGUUUCUGGUCCCUAGCUUUCUGUUUGAGCUCACUCUUUGCUUUGAAACAUGUAUACAGAAGCUUGUCAGGAUUCCAAAGUUGAGGGUGGUAUUUAAAAAUAUGAUUAAAUUAAA